CACCCACCGAAAGAGCGGUCACUUGAUGUUUGCUUUGGCAAGCUUUCAACUGUGUCAAUGCCUCAUGAAUCAUGCGAUGCAGAAGUGGUCUGGUGAGGCUCCAUUGGAGGGGCUUCGGAGUUCCUAUAGAGAAUGGUCCAUUUAUUCAUUCCCAAGCCCUGAGUAAAUUGCUCAUCGAUGCCAAAGAAGCGCAGUUCGGGUCUUCUCCCUACGUGACAGGGCGCUUUAUAUUAUUGGCCAGGCCCAGGCUGAAGGCAUAAAAUGCCUUAGGAUGCUAGAUAUGUCACCGUGGAGUUAGCAAAGCUGUGCAUUGAGAAAAUUGAUGGUAUUCUGGUUGACACAGCCUUAAAAUUAGCGAGCUGAAAAGUGUGGAGAUCUUAUAUAAACUAGUUGCAGAUCAUCAUUUCCCCACCUCGCCUGCGGGUUCAUAUCUGCCUUUUAAUCUUGCUUUGAAUGCUUUAUCAAAUUUCACCAAUGAACCAUGGCUGAAUUCUGCUUUCCAGUCCGAGAACUGUCAAGCGACAGAGUCAAAUUAACCCCAUUUAACCCCACCAAACAUGCCGCCCCCUACUUCGCAGGCUCAGCCAACCACCCUGAACUAUACCGCUACAUGUCCCUGGGUCCCUUCCAAACAGAACAGGAAUUCACUACCUGCUUUAUCGACAACAUGAUCAGCCAGAACCAAUCCAUGUUCUGUUUCGCUGUAAUCGACAAAACAAAGCCUGCCUCCCCGGCAGACCCAGAAGGUCAAGUCGCCGGGAUGGUCUCAUACAUGAGCGCCUCACCGGUGCAUCUAUCCGCCGAAGUCGGGUUCAUCAUCACCCUGUCUGCCUUUCAACGGACGCACGUUACGACACACGCUGUCGGGCUGCUGGUGCGGUAUGCGCUGGACAGUCCAGAACAGGGUGGACUGGGACUGCGGAGGAUGCAGUGGCUUGCCGAUACGCCGAACACGGCAUCGUUGAAUGCGGCUAAACGCAUGGGAUUCCAGCAGGAGGGGAUUCUAAGGUGGAAUCGGGCGGUCGUUGACGCAGAUGCGCGUGGAAAGGGCCAUAAUGGGCGGGAGCCACCGGCGUAUGGGAAUCAGAAGGAUCGGGGUCGGGAUACGGUGUAUUUAUCACUGUGUUGGGAUGACUGGGUGGGAGGGGCACGGGAGCAGAUUGAGCAACUGAUGCGCCGAUAG